AUGGUCGUGGAUACCGCCUACUACGACCUUCUCGGCGUUAAGCCAGAAGCGAAUGAUAUCGAGAUCAAGAAGGCCUACCGAAAGCUUGCUAUCAUCCACCAUCCAGACAAGAACCCCGAUGACCCCUCCGCGAGCGCCAAAUUCCAAGAGAUAGGCGAGGCCUACCAAGUCCUUUCCGAUCCCCAGCUCCGCGCCGCCUACGACAAGUACGGCAAGGAAUCCGCCCGCCCGACCGAGGGUUUCGUCGACCCCUCCGAGUUCUUCACUUCCAUAUUCGGCGGCGAUGCCUUCCUCGACUGGAUCGGUGAAAUCUCCAUCAUCAAGGACCUGACGGCUGCCAUGGAUAUCACCAUGCAGCAGCAGGCCGCUGAGGAUGGAGAGUUCCCCGGCACCGAGGAGGCUAUGAAGGAGAGCAUGAAGACGGCCGAGGCCGAGGCAGGGGCUGCCGGUUCUUCCUCCGCGGGUCCGAAAACCACACCGCCUACCGUCGUCGUCGAGGACGAGAAGUCCGAUGCUGCUGCUGCUGGCACCUCAGCGACAGCUGGUGAGCCCGGCCCUCGCCGCACCCCCAGUCCUGCGGGGCGAACAACCCCCAGCCCGAGCCCAUCCGGCACAUCCACCCCACGACCCACGGCGAUACCCAUCCGCCCCGCUCUCAUGGACAAACCCUCCGACGAAGUAAUUCCCCCGCCCGCCGCGCAAUCCGACGACCUCCAGAAGAAGAAGAAGGACAAGGGCGGGCUCACAAAGGAGCAAAGAGACCAACUCGCGGCCCUCCGUAAGGAGCAAGAACGCGCCCGCAAAGAGCGCGUCGACACGCUCACGGCCAAACUCCUCGACCGCCUCAGCGUAUGGACCGAGACCGACAAGGGCGCCGACGUCACGGCUGCCUUCCAGGAGAAGAUGCGCCUCGAGGUCGAGGAGCUCAAGAUGGAGUCCUUCGGCAUCGACAUCUGCCACGCCAUCGGCCAGACCUACGUGAGCAAAGGCUCGACCCUGCUGCGCAGCCAAAAGUUCCUCGGCAUCUCGGGCUUCUUCAGCCGCAUGAAGGAUAAGGGCAACAUGGUCAAGGAUACGUGGAACACGAUUAGCAGUGCCCUCGACGCCCAAGCCGAGAUGGAGAAGAUGGCCCGGCUUGAGGAGGAGGCGGGCGAGGAUUGGACGGAGGAGAGGAAGGUGGAGUAUGAGAGGAGGGUUACGGGGAAGAUUCUUACGGCUGCGUGGCGGGGCUCUAAGUUUGAGAUUCAGGAUAUCUUGAGGAGUGUCUGCGACAAUGUGUUGAACGAUAAGGCGGUGCCGCUUCCGAAGAGGCUUGAGAGGGCGCAGGCAUUGGUGAUUAUUGGUGAUGUGUUUAAUAGGGCGAGACGAUCCCCCGAAGAGGAGGGCGACUACCUCGUUUUCGAACAACUUGUCGCCGAGGCAGCCAUGAAAGACAAGGAUAAGGACAGGCGCAAGUCCAAGGACAAGCGAAGGACCCAAGUAGCAGCCGACGCUCCCAACGUCCCCAAGCCGUCAUGA